AUGGUAGAGGGUUUCUCCUCCACCGAGGAGGCCGCUACUGGCAAUAGAGCCGCUGGUGAGGUAGACAUCAAGACCACCGACUUGGUCGCCAUCGUCCUCGACCUCAACCCUUGGGUCUGGUCCAGUUACUCCCUCGCCUCGUUUAAGGUGGAGGCACCUCCUAGUGAGAAGGCCAUGCAGGAGAAGGCGGCAGGGGCGGUGACCCUCGAGGCCCUUUUCUCGGCCCUCCUCCUCACAGUAGGAGCUAUCAGUGCAGCCAGCACCAGUGGUGACUCCCUGGGAGUCUGCAUCGUAGGAGUGUCACCGACUAAAGCGAAGAUUCUCCUGAAGGGAUCAUGGCCAGAGAUGGACCGGACAGCCCUAUGGGAGGCCAUGGUGGGCUUCAUAAAGGCCUCAGUGAAGGAGAGGUCAAGGCCGUCGUCGACGAUGACGACGACGUCCUCGUCCCUGAUAGCCGCCGGCCUCUCUCUAGCCCUGUGCUACCUCAACAAGCAUCUCACCAUCCCGGGUAGGGCACGGUGUUGUAUCGUCGAGGCCGUCAGCGUCUAUGGGGAGGCGAACUACGCCUCAGAAGCAGUGCCCCUUGCCAAUUGUGGAUGGGCUGCCCAGGACCUUCGGGUCCCCAUCGACCUCUGUACGGUGUGCCCUGGAAGGACGCCUCAAAGCAGCAGCCCCAGCAACGACCGCUCCUCCUCCUCAUCAUCAAAUGCAUCGCCGACCUCGGCUACCCUAUUGGUACAGCUAUGCGAGGCCACUAGGGGCGUUCAUAUCCCCUCUAAACGUUGCAGUACAGUGGGAGGCCUUUUCCAGUCGCUCAUGUUCCACUUCUCCGUGCCGAGCCUUGGGGAGAGAGAGGUCCUCAAGACCAGGCCCAGCGCUAGGCUACUGGACAUGGGCUCGCUGUGUGCCUGCCAUGGCCUGCCGGUCGAUCGAGGUUACGUCUGCAGUGUUUGUCUAUGCAUCUACUGUAACGAUUCCAGUGGGGUGUGCCGGAAGUGCGGUGCUCGCUUCAAGAGGACUGCAACGAGUGAGCUGCCCUUGGCUGAACAGCCCUUCGAGAGGCCCUCGGGUCGAGGAACUUCAUCGCAUCAACCACCGCAUCUUCGACAUAUGACAUUUACUACCAUUAAAAAGCAGGAGAACGGAACUCCUACGUGA